AUGGGUGAGGCAGAAGAGAUUACACUACCCAAAGCUACUGUUCAGAAAAUAAUUACAGAAGUACUAGAUUCUGAAUUAACUUUCAGUAAAGAAGCAAGAGAGAUUAUCAUUGAUGCAGGUAUUGAAUUCAUCAUGAUUUUGUCUGGAAUGGCAUCCGAAAUGGCUGAAAGUGAAGGUAAAAAAACAAUUGCACCUGAUCAUGUAAUUAAAGCUUUACAAGAAUUAGAGUUUGAGGAGUUUAUACCCUACUUGGAGCAAAUAUUAGCGCAGCAUAAGGAAAAUCAAAAAGUAAGGGAAAGGCGAGAUGCGAAAUUUAAGAAGUCUGGACUUUCGGUUGAAGAGUUGCUUCGACAACAAGAGGAAUUGUUUAGACAGUCUAGGUCACGUUUCCAACAAACUAGUACUUCAGGGCCCGGAGCCGCCGAGCCUUCUAUUAUAAAGCCGGAGGAUGAAUGA